AUGAAGACCAGCACCAUUGUAGCCCUUUUAUUAGUGGCUGUCGUGAUCGCUUUUGCCAAUGCUUUGGAAAGUGUACCUGCUUUAGUGUGGAGCGGAAAGAGAGACAUUAAAAUGUCGAAAUUUACUUCAUUGAAAGACACAUUAUCCUCAACCAACACAGUUGCAGUCUUUUUGCAUCAUCAACUCGGUUCUGAUGAAUUUUUGGAAAACUCUGGAGCUUUUUCUAUCAAACCAGACGAAAAUAACGCUUUUGCUUUCUUGAAGAAGGCCAUGAAGGGUCCAAGUGCUUCAUUCCCUAACAUUUCUGAAGAAGAAGUUAAAUCAGUCUUGCCAUCCGAAUUUACUUUCACUAUUUCUGAUAGCAAUGUUGCUGGUAGUGUUGCUUUGAAGGAUUUCCUUGCUUCCCCAGAAAAUUAUCUUAAGAAGGGUGGAAAGUAUCUUUUCGUUUUUGCUGAUGUUCAUCGUAGUGAUGCUAAGGUUAGAGACCUUUUGGCUAAGUAUGAUACUGUCAUUCAAAACGUUGUUGCUGAUUUGGACAAGUUGACUGAAGGUGACUAUGUUGCUCUCUUCUCUGCUCAAAAGCCAACUGUUUCUAGUUUGAAUUCUCGUCACAUUCUUUCUACUAGUGAUGCUCAACAUGAUUACAGUGUUUAUGCUACUGUUGAAGUCUACAAUAUGACAAGUGUUUACAAUGGUACCCUCAACACCAUGUACAUUGAUUCUGAAAUUGCUGUUGCUACUGUAAUUGGUCUUUUCCUCGUUUUCUGGCUCGUCGUCUCUGUUGUUGCCCUUAUGAAGUUGAAGACAGCACCACACCUUACCGAUAUUGACGUUUUUGAUGAAAAGAAGCACAACUAAUUUAAAAUAAAUAUACAAAAAAUUAAUUUAAUCAUUUA